AAUAAAUGAACUCCGUCUCCAGUGCGCUUCACUUGUAUUUUUUUCUAAUUUUACUGUCAUUAGGCCGAUAAUUUAAUGCAUAUUUUGUAUGCAACAGUUAUUUUGACUGCAUAUCGUGCGCUAUUAUGCUCCAAUUUAUUGCGGGGAGUGCUCUAAGUGCUUCUAUUAACUAAAAUCAAUAACAAUCAGUGACCAACAAAGUUCCGAGAUGAAUUAUGAAGCUGACAGAGCCAUGAAUCAGAAGCGUUUGCGAAUGGAGGGCGAGCCGGGUCAUGUUGUGCAAGGAAAUGGUUUACCGCUCAAUUAUAUUGACAAUGGCCACCAAAUCCCUUACCAGCCUUACGCGGGGGCUUACAACACGCACUACCCGCCUCCGGACGCGUUCGCGGCGUACGGCCCGCCGCCGCCCGGGGGCUACGCCCCUCAGAACCUGUCGUACGCGCCGCCCGCCCACCAGAACUACCCGCACCACCAGAGCUUCGCGCAGCAGCCCCAGCAGCUUCACAUGCCGCAGACCCACAUGGGUAAGUACUUCCAAGGAUACCCGGACGUGGGUGUCCACAAGCCGGCGUGGCCUCCUCAGUCGCACCUGCUGCCACCAUUGGACACACAGAAGCUGGACGUGAAGCAGCUCAAGCCGGAGAUCAAGUUGGAGCCCACCGACUCCCAGAAGAGACCGCAUCCCGAAGCUGAUAUUAUGGGUGGUGACCUGGACCAGCCCAAGAUCAAAAUCAAGACGGACAUCUUCAAGCCUGACGACCUGGCCCACAGACCCGCCGCAGACAAGCCUAUUGAACCUCCUAAAUCCUUGGACGCCAACAAACCCGUGGAUCAACUUAAUAAGGAUGAUGUUCAUACCGGGGAAGGCAAGCCGGGUGAUAAACCUGCAGAAGCGAAGCCCGAGGGCUCUUCAGAAGGGGCUGGUAUCGCGCAGACAUCCUCGGAGCCCAAACCGCCCGGAGAGAAACCCCCUGAAGAUCGGAAACCGUUCAGCAGUCCAGACCUGAGUAAGCCCGCGUCCACACCGGGCAAAACACCCACCCCGGGCUCUGAGGUGAGUCCGAAGAAGCGCGGGCGGCCUAAAGGCUCGACGAACAAGCCGAAGCCGCCGGGCACGCCGCCGCGCGCGCCCGCGCCCGGCCCCGCCGCGGCCCGCGCGCCCCCGCCGCGCGCCCCGCCCGCGCCCGCGCGCCCCCGCGCCCCCGGCUACCAGUACGCCGUCAGGCCCUUCAGGAAGGACUUCUCCGGGAUACAGUUUAGAAGGCGAUGGAGCGACGAUUGCCUCGACUCAUCGCACAUACCGAACGAGGUUUACUUCGGCGAUGUUGCCGUCUCCAUGGAGGUGUUGUUCAACUAUUACGACGCUAACGCCGAGCGGGAGAAGCUGGCAACACAGGCCGCUCACAUAGCGGCGCAGAAGGCGGCCGCGGCCAAAUUGGCGGCGGCCAAGUUGCAAGCGAGAGGCAUUAUUUCCAAUGAGGUGACAACAGUGGAUUCUUCAUCAGACGACGACUCCUCAGGGGAAUCCGGCAGCGAUUCCGACGACAGCGAUGACGUAAGGGACGCCCCCCUAAAACGGGGUCCGGGGCGGCCGAAGGGCUCCAAGAACAGCUCCCCGCGGCCGACCGCCGCGCCCGGGGCGCAGCGCCGCGGCCGCCCGCCCGUGCCGCCGGAGCUGCGGCAGCCCGGCAUCACAGACAUGAAGAAGUUCUGCAAGGCAGCGGGGAUACGGUUCGACUACAAGAAGCUGGUGGAAGGUUGCACAAAGAAUAAAGAACGAGUCCAGAAAAUGUUGGACCUCCUCAUCGAAGCGGGAUUAGAAGGGAAGCCCACGUUAGAGAAGUGUAAAGCGAUCAAACAGGCGAAAAUAGACAAGAAAGAACAAGAGAAGCAGUCGAAGAGGGAAGCGAAGGCGAAACAUAAAGAAGAAGACGGCGAGCCAGCGGAGCCGGCGGGGCGGCGCAUGACGCGCGGCGCGACGGGCGUGGCGCCGCGCAAGCACAUCGUGAUCUCGUCGGACGAGGAGGACGACACGCCCGCCGCGCGCCGCACGCUCUCCAAGCUGCGCUCCAGCGUCAACGACCACUCCGACGACGAGUAGGUAAUUAACUUCCCUGCCUGGUGACCUCCAUAGUGGUUGUUUAGGCAGUGAACAGACACUAGCGACCCCUAGAAAGUGCUUCGACGGGAGCCGCAUUCCUACUAAUAUAGGUUAACAAAAAAAAAGGUUAGCACGUGACACAUUUUAUUGUAUAACAAUGACAUUUUGGUUAGAAUCGACGAAUCUAUCAGUACGAGUAUUUUGAUUUGCUAUAAUAGUGUGCUACUUAUAGGAAAAUAACAUACUGUGCCGUAUUCGUUUACGUAGUGGGAAUAGAAUGACGGUUGAGUAAGAAGAUAGUGUGUUUCGCGGUUUAUUUGAAUGGAUAAAAAGCGCCUCUAGCGGAUAUUAUAUGGAACUACACGAAAAAUUACAUUGGAGUGUAAAAACAAUAAUUGUAGUAUAAGAGUGCUUUUUUGAAUAGAAAUCUCUUCCAGAAGACAUGUGAGAGAAGAAAUGAUUAUUUAUCAGACGUCAAGUUGAGGGAUUAAAGCAUUUUGGCGUAUAAUUUUUUUUUUAUUCGCUAGUAAUGAUAGUCAAAACUCGUAUCAGCCGCGUGAAAUAGUUUUUCGUCUAAAUAUGAUGAUUUAAGAACUAUUUAUCAAUUAGUUUUGGCCAAAAUCUGAUAGAAAACUUUUGUAUAAAUUUCGGCUGAUGUAAAUUAUUUUUCUUUAUCGUGACACAGUAUUAAAAAUAAAAUUUAUUAGGCCUACCUAUAUUCUAAAAAUUUACUGUAUUACGAUAAUGGAAAAUAAGUUUGCAGCUAAGAAACCAGACAUAUUUUUUUAACAAGAUUAAAUUAAAAUUAUUGAUAUAUAAUAAAUUGUUGGAAGCGUGCGAAGCCUUAAAAAUAAUUGUAGUGUGGAUUUGGAAGAGAGACGAGACAAUAGAGUAAUAUGUUUCGGAAUUCUAUAAGUAGUGAGGGUUGCGACAAUCGGUAGAUUUUUCAAAGCGCCAAUCGUAAUAUUGAAGAUGUUUCUUAACACAAAAUUGACCUAAAAGGGACUUGCAUACAUAUAUGACUGAAAAACAUUAAGAAAUUGGAUAAAUAAAAAAGUUGGAAAUUCCAAUCGGGAAUUUUAUCGAUGUGCUUAUUUGCUAUUGAUUUAAAUCUUAAUUGGACCUUAAAGCUACAAUAGGCAAACCUUCUUCUAAAAAAUUAUUCGUGCCUAAUUAUCUUAUAUAAAUAUGAAAGAAUUCAUUAUUGUGUUUCAAUAAAAUCUAAAAAAAAAACUUUUUUUUAAAUUACUCUUUAGUGGCUACCCCUUGUUGCAACUCUAUAGAUGCGUAGAUCUUUGGCUUUACAGUUCUUUAUAGUUGAGACGUAUCGUAUAGCAAAGAAAGCAAUGGAAGUUUAGAAAUUUUACUGAAGUACUGCUGGUUAUUAUGCUUAUUUAAUUUAUUUUUAAUGGCAACUAACUCAUUUGUCGCAUUUAUAUGCGUGUAAACGAUAUCGAAAUUAUAAUGCUAAGCGAGUCAAAAAUUUGAUUUUAGAAUUUUUAUUAAUACUUGUUUGUUUUAUCAGACUUUUUUCGGCAUUAAUAUUAAGUAACUUUUUUUUUAAAUGCAAUAAAUGAUGCGAAACAAUGCACAAACACUGUCCGAAGGCAGUUCGAUGAUCUCUUCCAUUCUUAUUAUAUAUUAUUCGAAUUUUGAAAUAAUAUUGGCAGUUUUCUUCGCAUUAGGUUUGAUUUCGAACCAUAUUAUAAGUUUGAUAAAGUCGCAGGGACUGGAAUGAUAUACAAGGAAUUUUUUUUAAGUGUGAAUGAAUAAGUUUGGAUAUGGAAUGAAGUGUAGGACUAAAAUCCCUCGCCUAUAUAAGUAGAGAUAGAACGUGGCUUGUUGUACUGGCACUCAUAUUGUUCAUUUGUGCCUAUAAAUUUAACUAAUCUAUGUGUGUGAGUUCAUAUAUCUAUAUAAUUUUUCAUUUAUUUACAUUGUAAUAGGAGAAUAUUUUGAGUGGAGUCAGAUUUUAUACACUAGUUUUUAAUGGAAAUAUAAUAAAUUGGUGACACCAAGAAGUUAACAUUAGGUAUCUUUAGGUCGUGUAUAUAUUGAGAAAAAAAAUACAUAAUAUUAUGUGUCCUACUUUAUUUUUGUACAGAAUUAUAUUGGAACGUUUCAGCUUUGUAUAUAGCAAUUACAAAAUGGCGUGAAAUUGCAAUGUGAAGCGGAUUGGCUGUAGAUCGUGUUUAUUUAUGUUCGGUUCUUAUAAGUUUAAGAAUUUAUUUACAACGCUGCAAAAUAUUUGCAUUUAAUAAGCAAGACGCGUAAGAAACUAUUAUUUCUUUAAAUUUUUUUUUGGCUUGCAAUACUUAUAUCGUUGCAAUUAUAUAUAUGGCAACAUUUAACUAACAGUAAGUGUUUUAAAAAGGCAUUUAUAACAUUUCGUAUUAUCACAAGUUAUGUCUUAAAAAUCUUUACAAUUUUACUACAUACAAAUACUAUGUUAAUUGCUUCUAAUUUCUACGAGGUUGCCAGAUACAAAGGUUUUUAACAAAAAGGUACCCAUAUCUCAACUUAUGGAGCUCAGUGUACUUUAUAAGUGUAGAAAGUAGUUGAAGACCGUAUACCGUUUUUUUAGCCUAAUUAUUGCUUUUUUAUGACUAUGGUUAUGGCAAAAAAAAAACGUAAUCUACUCCAAUGUACGUAAUUAAAAUUGAUGGAACCCAAUGUCAUAUAUAGUACACAUAUCGUCAGCCCCCCUUGAAUAGGAGGUGAUUAAUACACAAAAGACACUAUUAAGAUUUUGUAGGGAUUCAAGAGCUCUUUCUGCGCUGAUAGAGAGCAAACGCGAGACCAGCGCAGUCCGCCCACGAUUCAGCUUCUAUUACCGGAAAGUUGGUAUAGACGAGGUGUGGUGAACACUUCGCCUCGUGAAACGUAAUUUAUGUUGCUAUCCCACCACUGACACCAUUUUAUGUAAAGAGUGGUUUUGAAAAAAUGCUUCACACACGAUUGUUACUUAAGCAUAAGGUCGAAAAUCUGCUGUAUUGAUGAAGAUUAUAAUUGUCAAAUAUUUAACUCUUCUAAAGCUACCAAGUAUGCUGGAGGUUAAAUCAAAAAGUUCCAUUUAACAGUGAAAAGACGUCUAAUUUAAUAAGCACCUUCGGAGUCGAACUAGUUCAGAGGUUAUGGAGGAACAGAUGUACAUCCAUACCCACAUACAUACAGGUCAACAUCAUGAUGGUUUCGUUCGCUAUAGGUUAAAAAAUAAAACACCGUCAUUUGCUUACAUCUUUAUAAUUACAUUUGAUUUAUUUAAAAGUACCAGCAUUAUAGGGAAAUCUGAAUAGUAAAAAAGGAAAAACUAAAAAAUAGUUAAUAAUACUUUAUAAGCACACUGACCUCCAUAAGCAGAUAAAGUUAGACUUUUUAAAAUUCAUUUCAUUGUGCAAUUUUCACUGGAAAAUUUAACGUGACCUUGUUAAUGACACGUUUUAUAUUCGCUCUUUUUCUAUCUCUGAGGAUAGUGAUAAAGAAAGAAAGAGAGGGAGGACAUAUGACUUGUCAACGUAGUUUUUCAGUUAUACAAACGAAGCUAUGUUAUGUCUUUUUGAAUUUUAAAUAAUAAUAAAUUUGAACUGGUAAUUCUUUUUGGCGGAUAAUAAUGAUGAGAUGAAUCUCAAUUCCAACGGAAAUUUUCAUAAUCUUGUUUUGUCAGUGCAGCUAUCAGUAUAUAUAUAUAUAUAUAUAUAUUUAUGGUAAUAUAAUAUACUUAUUUAAAAACAUUAGCAAAUGAUGAAAUCAGACGCAAGCAUGUACCUAUAUCAUAAAAUCAGAAAAAUGUCUGUUGUAAGUCAAUCAGUUAAAUAAAAGAUCUCAAAAUUAGUGAAAAAAAUAAUAACAAUUCAGGAGUCGAAGGCGAUAUACAUAGUACAGUCAACAGCAUAUCACCUAUACAAAAUGCCUCUUUUUACUGUGUGAUAGAAGCAAACUUGAUAUGCGGUUGGCUGUAGUAACUAUAUUUAAAAAAAAAACACUAACAUUGAGAGUCACAGUAUCUAUUAAUACAUACCUUUUUUUUUAAAUUACUGUUCAAUUGAUUUUACACUAGACUCUUGUUAUAAAUACUAUAAUAGUAUUAACUCCCACUGCAUUUAAUCAAUUUAAUUUUUGAGAUACGAAGUAUGAUAACUAUACAUACAUAUAUGCAUAAAGUAACUAUCACAAGUGACAUUAAAUAAUUUAUGAAAAAAAUAUUUUUCGUUACUAUUUUAAGUAUCAUUUUAUUUAUUCACGAACGAUAUUUUAUUAUCGCUAAAUUGGGCCGAACAUUUUAAAUCAAAUUAACAGUAAGACAAUCAAAUAUAAGUUUAAAAAAAUAUAUAUUGGUAAUGCUCAUCUUAUGUAUUUAAAAGUGUGUUGUAGGAUGUCAGAUUAUAUCUUGAUUCCAGUAAAGAUGUGAUUAGUUUUAGACGAGAAAAAAACCCACUGACAAAAAACAGCUGAAUUUAUUAAACAAGGUUUAGUUUGUUACAUAUAGAGUGUUACAUGUAAUUUUAUGUAUAUAAACUCAAAACUUAAUGUAACGUGUAUACGUUACAUUAAAUUUUGAGUUACGUUUAUAUAUGUAUGAUAUAUAAUAAUUUUAUUAUUCGUUUCGCGCCGAAAAAUGUAUUUAAAUACCGGUAAGGAAAUAAAAAAAAUGUUUUAAUGACUUACUUAGAUAAAGGUAGGUACUCAUUUAAGUCGAACAAGUUUCGAAAAAAAUAAUAUUUUUUUUAAGUAAUAAUCGAUGUCAGUGGGAUAAUCGGCUAGUUUUGAUUGCGACGAUGAUAAACUAUGAGUCAUGUACGCGUAUGUACGAUAGGGAAAUCACAAUAUCAUUUUUAUAUUAUUAAAAAAUUGUACAUAUUAGUUUUAGUAGAAUUAACCUUAAGUUUAACUAUCAUUUAAGAAAUAAUAGAUAUUUGUAUUUGUAAGAUAUGUUUAGAUGUGUUUGUUUUACCAUAAAAAAAAAAUUAAAUAUUAUUCGACCAAUUUAACGAGGCGGCUUAUGUUUCCCCCUUCAAAAAUAUAGCAAUGUGCGAAGCGGCCUUAGCACCUGCCUUUUUGAAAUGGUCGAGUUGUAGUCAACUAUAUAUAUAUAAUAAAUAUUGUAAUAAUAGCUUAAGAGUAAUGCUUUUCACCGGCAUAACUUGUAUUUUAAUUGAAAAUCAGCAUAACCCUGCCAAUAAAAUGAGGCAUUAAUUGAAUUUAUUUUUUUAUUUUUAAUCUAAAGCGUGCAGUAGAGAAAGGUAUUUAUUAAUCUUAAUAUCAAUUUGUACCCGUGUGUACUGACAUUUAUCUAUUUCUAUUAGCAACUUUCAAUAGUUUCAAAAUCUUUGAAGUUUAUGGGUUAACUACUUACUAUCAAAAUAUCAACAGACAGUACUAUCUACUAUCAAUAGUCAUGGGCUUGAAGACUAGUUUCAAUUGUUUGGCUUAGUGGUGAAAUUUUGAUUGAAUCUUAAUACCAGCUAUUAUAAAAUUUCUUUCAAAAUGUUUUAUAAAAAUAAGAUUUCUUGAAGCGUAUAUUUGCCUCCUUACCUUCAUGGAAAGUACUAUCACUUGGCAGGUUAAAGUGAAAAAUGAAAUUUACCAAGUUAAUCUUUUGACUUAACAUGGCGCUGGCGCCUUCUAAUAAGCAUUGUUCGCUGGCUGGUUUUAGUCAAUUGAAUUUAUUUCAAUUUAGAAGGUAUUUACUAUACUUAUAACAUAUACCAGCAAAAUUUUGCGAAUUUUUCACAGAACUGAUAUAAAAAUGCAUACGCUCGAAUUAAAUAGGUUAAAUCCAAGCUACUUUAGACAAGCCCCAUAUUUAAACUGAUAAAAUUUUUCAUCGAAAAAAUUUUUGUCCAUGAUUUUCGUAAUUGGGAAAAUGCCGCUCUUAGAUACACUGAUAUGUUGUUAAAAUUUAUAUGUCAGCAAUAUGUACGAUUAUACGAUCACCAGACGUUACAUAUCUAAUAUUUCGUCUUCACAGAAAUCUGAGACGGAACAAAAGCGUAGGCUUGCAUUUUGUAUCAUUAAGAGUUUGUAUGAAACAUGUCACACGCAACGCGCAGCCGUAGAAAUAACGGCCACCAGCCCGCCUCCGGUUUCUGUAUGUUUUUUGAUAAUGUCUAACACCAGUUGUCAGUUUUAGCAUCAACCGAGCUAUUCCCGAACGUUGAUAAGGCAUAUGUUUUAUUGUCUGACUCUUUAUCUGAGAUUAAUCAAAGAAUAAAUUCAUGAACGCUGACUAUUUAACUCUUUCCAUCACUUCGGUUUAUUCCAAAUAAGGAGAGAAGACAUAUGCCUUAUUUUUUUUCAUGUUCGUGAAUCAAUCCCCAAGUUCAAUACUUAAUGGGGUAUUGCUAUCGGUAAAAGCAUACACAUUUCUUACCAUAUUAUAAGUUUAAAAUUAUAAAACCCUAAUAUUGGAGAAAAUUAUGAAUGAGUGUACGUUGUAUAUAAUGUAGCGAUACGUUAGUACGUGUGACAAAAUGGCGGCUUGUAACAAAAUGUCAGUGAACGUGCGGAAAAAUUGUUUGCAUUAAGAUUUUUGUAAAAAUAUUAAUUUUUCGGUCGUAGAAUGCCAUAUUGUGAUUAGUUUAGCUACACGAAGUAUUUUUCAAAUAAAAAUAUCUAUGUA